AUGGAAAAUUACAACAAAACAUCUACUGAUUUCAUCUUAUUGGGGUUAUUUCCACCAUCAAAAAUUGGGCUAUUCACCUUCAUUCUCAUCAUUCUGAUUUUUCUAAUGGCUUGGUUUGGCAAUCUAUCGAUGAUCCUUCUCAUUCUUCUGGACACCCAUCUCCACAUACCCAUGUAUUUCCUACUUAUUCAGCUCUCCUUCAUUGACCUGAACUACAUUUCCACCAUUGUCCCCAAAAUGGCCUCUGAUUUUCUGUUUGAAAACAAGUCUAUCUCCUCCAUUGAGUGUGGGAUUCAGAGCUUUUUCUUCUUGACUUUAGGAGGUGCUGAAGCGUUAAUAUUGGCAUCUAUGGCCUAUGAUCGUUAUGUGGCUGUUUGCUUUCCUCUCCACUAUCCUGUUCGUAUGAGCAAAAAAGUGUCUGUCCUUAUGAUAACAGGAUCUUGGAUAAUGGGCUCUAUCAACUCUUGUGCUCACACCAUAUAUGUCCUCCAUCUCCCUUAUUGCCGAUCCAGGGCCAUCAAUCAUUUCUUCUGCGAUGUCCCAGCCAUGGUGAACCUGGCUUGCAUGGACACUUUGGUUUAUGAAUACACAGUGUUUGUGAGUACUGUCUUCUUCCUUGUGUUGCCUUUCAUUGGUAUUGCCUAUUCUUAUGGCCAUGUUCUCCUUGCUGUCUAUCGCAUGCACUCAGCAGAAGGUAGGAGAAAGGCCUAUUCAACUUGCAGUACCCACCUCACUGUGGUGACUUUCUACUACAUGCCCUUUGCUUACACAUAUCUACGUCCAAGAUCCCUUCGAUCUCCAACAGAGGACAAGGUUCUGGCUGUCUUCUACACUAUCCUGACCCCAAUGCUUAAUCCCAUCAUCUACAGCCUGAGAAACAAGGAGGUGAAGGGAGCCCUGAGGAGAGUGAUUCACAGAAUCUAUUCUGUAAAAAUGAAUACAAACUAUUUACCUUAG